AUGCGGUUGCAAUUAAUUGUUCUUUUCCUCAUUACACUCCCUGCUAACUGCAUUUAUCCCCCAUUAAGUCCGGAGCUGCCACCCAACGCUACAUCAAUUCAGUCCGAGAUUCACAACGGAAAUUAUUCGGUGGAUAAUCGACGUUUAAGCGGAAAAACAGGCAAAUGGAAACAAUUCAACAAAUUUAUUAAGAAACUAGUAAAGAUUGUGGAGAGUAUACACGUGACUAAUGGUUCAGAAUGUUUGGCCGAUCUAUUGUCAACGUUAGGUGGUGCUAGCACAGUGCUAGCAACAGCGCCCCUAUGCGCUUUCUAUCCUCAUCACCAGUGUCCAGAGAAUCUACCAUAUUGGAAACUUUGGAUGAUUGACUCGUGGCCACGGUUGCCAUCAGGUGUGACUCGAAAAGGACCGAUGUUCUUCCUCGGAGACUAUGAUUUGUGUUCAAGUCUUUGGAUGAAGGAUAUUGAAGCAACAGGGAAUAUUACAUAUCUCAGGCCGCAUUACUGUAGAUCACGAACGAAAGUGCAGUUAAUGGAACGAUUUACGUCAGUGACUAGUGGUUUUUGCCUGCCUUCUUCAUGUGAUGAAGUUGUUGUAAAGUUGGUUGCGAGUCGCUUUAUUGAUGAGUUCUUGGAAGUCUCUGGCAAAUUUGAUACAAAUGUCUCUUUAGAAGAAGUAGCUUGCCAAAGCUGGAAUGAGGAUUGGAAUGCUUUGAAGCGAAUCCUAAUAGCUCUGUCGAUAGCGGUGCUUUUACUGCUGCUUGCUGGAACAUUAGUUGAAUACUAUAUUUUGGAUAAAGGGAACGAAAACGUUGACGUAAAAGCUGACGAUGCACUCACGUUCCCAGGAAGCGAAUUGACAAUUUCACUUGGCGGGAACGGUGCAUUGAGAAAAAUGAACUGUUUCAAUGCACCAUCAGUGGCGUUAACGUACAAAAAUGUGCCUGACCUUUCACAGUCUUUCACAAAACCAACUGUUCUCCUUGACAUUUUGUGUUCCUUCAGUAUUCGAAUCUCCCUGAAACAUCUCUGUCGGAACACGGCAAGAGAGAUACCAUGUCUGAAUGGUUUGAAAGUUUUGAGCACCAUAUGGGUUAUACUCGGUCAUUCAUGUUUAUUCACACUGCCGUAUAUGGACAAUCUCACUACUUUCCUUCCUGAACUAGCCAAAUCACGAUGGGUUGCUCCAUUGCUGCUUAACUCCUCGUUGGCAGUUGACACAUUUCUGUUUAUUUCUGGAUCAGUUGUGGCUUCAACCAUACGCAAACGAAUGUUUUUCAGAGAAAAUGAUAGAUUUUCGCCUUUUCGGUUUAUCUACCGUCUAUUCAUGUUUUACUUUCAUCGCAUCUCUCGAUUAUGGCCUUCACUGUUGAUGAUAACAGUAUUCAUACGUUUUGUAUACAAUCAUCUUGGCGACGGUCCAAUGUGGUCAACACAAGGAGUAUUUGGCACUAUGUGCUCGUCGGAACCAAUUUGGCCUCACCUGUUGUUCCUUUCAAAUAGGUAUCCUUCUCAUUGCCUUCCUUGGCUCUGGUACACAGCUGUUGAUGUACAAUUACACAUGUUUUCACCGCUUUUCUUCAUUCUUCUUCCCCGAUAUCGCCGUGCUGCUUUAAUCAUUGCGGUACUGUUAAUCGCUUGCUCGCUUCUCUACCAAAGCGCCGUCUACGCUCUAUAUGCGCUCCCUCCGAACAUUUUCGCAAGUGUUUUUAUCGGGGAUAGUAUUGAGACUGCAGAGUCGUCGCUUCGUCUGUUGUAUGCGUCUCCUAUUGCAAGAAGUUCUCCGUUUAUCAUAGGUCUUCUCACCGGUUGGACCGUCUCCGUUAGAAGUACGAAGCGAUUAAGUGCAGGCGCCUGUGUUUUCAUGAAAGUCAUCUCCAUUUCGCUCCUUUACUUUUCUUUGUUUGCUCCCUUCUGUCGUGAGGGUUUGCUCUCCUAUGUUCACGCAGUUCUCCACCGAUCCGCUUGGUCAGUCGCUCUCGCUAUCCUCGUAUGGUUAUGUGAAAAUGGUUUUGCUCCGGAAGUAUCCUUUGUUCUCUCUAGCCACCGACUUUUGUUGAUUUCAAGGCUGUCAUUGGGAGUCUUUCUCACUCACGAACCCAUUCUUCUGCUAUACGUCUGGACGUCAAGGCAGCCUCACGCACCACAUUCUUUCGUACACUUUGUGGUUUGUACUUUCGCUACGUUCAUAUUUUCCCUGCUUGCUGCCUUCAUCAUCGCACUUGUUAUAGAAAUUCCUUUCAUAUCUAUGGAGAAAAAAGUCUUCAAAACAAUCGACCAACGAUUUGACGACGAUGAAUAUUCCAAAGGAACAUGUGAGGAAACCAACGGAUUCUUCGAAGGGGCUAACAUCCAGGAAAACACAACUGCGCCGCUUCGUACAGCUGAUUUCGCAGAGAAACGAUUCUCAACAAACGGAACAACGAGAAGAAUGUUGGAAUGCUCGUCAGCGUUUUCUAUGGACUCUUUUUUCUGGCAACAGGAAGAUUGGAGUAGAGAGCAAUCUCUCAUUGGAAAAGAUGAUGGGAGGACCGAAGAACAUCCUAUGAGGAAUAAAUCCAUAGACUUGGAACAGUGGGAGAAGUCACUUUACAGCAGUUGUUAA